CUACUAACACUAAUGCUGGAAAGAUGACGACUAACACCCUCCCACUGGCGCGCGACAUGCUGGAAAUGCUCCUCAAGUUCCUCUGCGACCAACUCUCAGAUCCUGGAUCGCCAUACUACAUCCCGUCUCUGCUACUUGUCAUACACGGCGGCGCUGCGAUGCUCCUCCACCCUUCUUAUCAAACAAUCCCGACUUCCCGACAAAGCACCCUAGAUGUUGAUUAUCUAGCCAAACCAUUCGGCGAAGACGUCCGCACGACACUAACACGCGCGAUCACCGAAACCUCACGAGCUUUCCCAGGUCUAGGUGCCGAUUGGAUGAACGCCGACGCCGACGUGGCACUGCCCCCUGGUGUAUGGGAGGGCAGCACGCACCCUGGGAAUCUCACCCAGAAUACGAUCUUUGAGCGGGGGAGCGUUCGCAUGGUCAGCGUCUCACCUGGGUGGGCUGUCGGCCUGAAGCUCAUGCGAUACGAAAAGUACGAUGCGGGUGACGUGGUGGUGAUACUCCUGAAUGGACUCCGAGUGAAAGGAGGCGGGAAGUGGACGCAGGAGAUCGUGGAGCAGUGGGUUAGGGCGGAGUGUGCGACGAUGGGGUACGAUGCAUGGCCUGCGUGGAAGUUGGCGGAGAUGCGCGUGAGAAUCCGGGAUGCGGUGAGGUUGGUCGAGGAUUGGUUGAGGGACAACCCGGGUGUGAUUACCAAGACGAUUGCGAGACAGACGAGUAUCAUGUCUGUUCAAGAGGAGGCGGAGAUUCGGGAGUGGGAGAAGAGUUUGAGGCGCAAGAAGAGGGCGAAGCCAAAAGGGAGGUAUCUGAUGGGAGAAUGGGUCGAACCGGACGACUCGGACUCGGAUUCAGGCUCGGAUUCGGAUUCAGAGUCGGAUACGUCCACAGAGGGCGACGAGUCACCGCCUCAGACGGGCUCGUAUCAUCCACCUACCAGCUCAGCCUCAAACCAGCUCGUUCCCUCCUCAAACCAGCUCGCAGACGUUGUUCCAGCCACCACCAACUCAGCCUCUGACAGGCUCAUUUCCUUCAAACGAACCCUUAUCAAUUCCCAGCCCAUGGCUAUCCAUCGCAGCCCCAGCCGAGCUCGUAUCAGCCGCCUCAAACCAGCUCAGCCAGCCCUUAUCAGCCUCCAAAAAGCUCUCCACUACAAUCCCAAGGCUAUAUCCCUCCCGACAACUAUUCCCCGCCAUCCCGACAACCAGUUCCGCCUCCACAAUCCCAAGCCUAUCCCCCGCAACCUGUGUACCCUCCCCAAACUCUCACUCCAAAUUUCGCGUCGCCAAUGUUUAGCGGCGUCGCUAGGACGCUCAACAGUAACAAAAGAACGCCUUCGCACUGUGCGCGAUCCGAUGACUUUCUUUUUCGCUUUCGAUGAGCACACCGACAACUUUCCUCCUGAAAUCGUUUUGGACCCUUGGUAUGAAGUCGGCUAGUAGUAUCUUUCAGAAACACUUCGUGGAAAGCUUUGAACGUUAUAUGGAUUCUGUACUCCAAGAAGUGGAGGAUCGACACACCACCGUCAUAUCCGGAAUGUCGAAGAUUAUUUUGAUAUUCGUCGUCUGAACAUCGGUAUCUACAUGGUCUAGAUCGCGACCUGGUGAAUGAAUCAUGCAAAGCCUUUCUAGCCUUUCGUGAGUCGUACAAUUGCAGCACUAAUGCGCACAUUUCAUAGGUCCUUGCUUCAUACAAUAAAGAGCGGGCAUUGGAAGAGCAUCCCCAUAACCAAGGGGG